UCGCGCCCGUUGUUGUCCUCCUCCGCGACGGAUUUUGUUGUUCUGGAUGCAAAGGCAAGGGCAGAAAGAAUCUCUCUCGGCUCCACCAGCACCAAUGGCUAGUGAAACGUCGACAUGAAUACAUGGUGAUUGGUGUUAUUUUCUUUUUCUCGAGCGCCGCAACGCAGAAUCUCAAAAUAAUCAAAGCAUAUAAUCACGUCGCGUGUGUCGAAAGUGUUCGCUACUUAUACGUGUCAUUAUCUUCAUUAUGGAUGGAUAGUGCGUUGUGGUAAAUGGUGAUGUUUUGCCUGCGGAUGUGGAAACUACUUUCGGAGAGAAUCUCGUAAUCCACGGCACGACGGAGGUGGUAGCUGAAGCGUGAAGCAAGAAAAUCUGCGUGUGUGUCGAAAGUGGUGUGUUAUUCGGGGGAAUGUUGUAAAAGAUUGACCAGCUCCCAAGUCAAGAAUCUCAACAAUGAAGAUCUGGUUUGAUGUGAAUAAUUUAGUCUAAUAGAGGUGCGAUUCUCGGUUGGAGGCUGUGGCAGUGAAACUGGUAGCAGGUCUCGUGACAAGAGAGCACAAGGAGAUUGCGAAACGAAAAUAAUCUGGUCGAGAGGAAAGGAUUUUGCUGUUCUUGUUUUUAUUGGAUUGGAACGAGCCUUGUUAGGAUUGUAGCAGUGAAAAGGAAUGAAGCAGUAGAAUGUCCUGAAGAUGUCCAACCGCACAAGCAAUAGCAGGAAGGAAAUUUAAGCACCGUUGCCCCCGUACAAAGCGGCAACGUCGUUGGAGCAAUUUUCGUAACUCAACACGCACGCCCUCCUCAAGGUUAGGCCUCAUCCCCUAAAUGGCCCCAUGGCGUCGUGUAGCCGUGCGCACGCUAUCAAUGCGGUGUUGGUGGCUGGAUUCCUGCUGAUACUGCUCAAUCUGCUCGGCUCGCGCUGGGACUCCGCUCCAAUAGGGCUACCUCGAAUGGGGACAACCCAAUGGCCGAAACGCACAAGGACCAAUUCCGAACGGUUCGUUCAAGUUCACGCUACGAACCGGAACCGCAACAACGAUAGCACCAGCAAUGGUACCCAGCGACAGCAGCUAAAUGCGAGCCAUGAGCCUAGCCAUGGCAACAAUCAGUCCGGUUCGCCGCAACCAACAGCCACAAUCGACAGCCUACAGCGACCAAAUGCCCUCAACGGGACAAUCCUAAUCGAUAAUACUCUCCCGAAAACUGACUUGUCAAAAUCUCAAAAGUUCAACGAAUCUCAACCGACGGCAAGCGGUACCGUUGGUGAUAACAGUAGUAGUAGCAGCAGCAGUAACGACACUAACUCUAGCUUAAGUAGCAAAAAUUCCAGUAUUUUAAGCGAUCACAGUGAGAAUCUCGUAGAAGUUGUAAGUAGCAAAAAUGUAUCCAGUAGUAGCGAUAAGAAAAUGGUUCCUGAAGCACAGCGCCAGCAGCAGCAGCAACAGCAACAGCAACAGCAAAACGAAACAAUACAGACUGAUGGCGGUAGAAGCAGUAGAAGGUUGAUCGAUAGCCUCGUGGGGAAGCUGGACCGCAAUAGUUGUCCACCGAUUCCGCCUAACUUGGAUGGUCCCGUCCAGGUGGACGCCUCACUCGAAUCUCUAUCGUCGGUGGAGCAGAAGCUGGCCGCCAAGUUGCAACCCGGCGGUCAGUAUGCUCCUCGGGCGUGCACCGCCCACGACCGGGUGGCAAUCAUCGUGCCCUACAGGGAUCGAGAACAACACCUACCCGUUUUCCUGAAGAAUCUACACCCAUUCCUGAUGAAACAGCAAGUAGAGUACGGCAUCUACAUCGUCGAGCAGGCCGCUGGAUCGCAGUUCAACCGGGCCUCGCUGAUGAAUGUCGGCUUUGCCGAAGCGAUGAAGCAGAAAAACUGGGACUGCAUGGUGUUCCACGAUGUGGAUCUCCUGCCGAUGGACGACCGGAAUCUGUACACCUGUCCGGAUCAGCCGCGGCACAUGUCCGUAGCCGUUGAUACAUUCGGCUUCAAGCUGCCUUAUAGUACAAUUUUCGGCGGUGUAUCCGCGAUGACCGCGAAACAGUUCCGCACGGUGAAUGGCUUCUCCAACUCGUUCUGGGGCUGGGGUGGCGAGGACGACGACAUGUCCAAUAGACUGAAACACGUCGGGUUCCACAUUGCACGCUAUCCAAUCAAUAUCGCACGCUACACCAUGCUGAGCCACAAGAAGGAGAAGGCCAACCCGAAAAGGUAUGAGAAGCUAGUUACUGGCGCAAAACGGUUCGACAUUGAUGGAUUGAACUCACUGCACUACCACCUGAUCAAUCUGAUUCGUAAACCGCUGUACACCUGGGUCCACGUAGAAAUUUCACCGAAGAGCAGCUGAUGACAGUCGUUCCUGCCGAAUUGGCUAGGGUGAAAUCAAACCACAGCCACUUCGACCACCUCGGCAGACGAUCAUGGACACGGAUUGAGCGAAUACGUGCAAUUAUGAACGCUGUGAUGUACCGAGGUAAGUGGGCACCAUUCGAAUAGAAAACCCAACCUAUUACCACCGCCGCCAAGCGGCUCAAACCUACUAUCAACCAAAUGGAAGCAAAGGAAUCUCCGCCGGAAUCUCACACACCGCUCCCUAGAUCUGGAAAAUAUGCCCGUUAAUGAACUCUUUAUCACGUAGUGUUGUUACGUAGUUUUUUUUUUCAUCGUUUUUUGUUGAUCUAUUUGCAUAAGCCGAGUGAGGAUAACGUUGUAAAGUAUGAUAUAGGUAUUUAUAAGUUUGAAAGUGAGAGAAUAUUCGGAAACUGUGUUACUUAAUUUAGGACAUAUUGGUGAAACGGAUUGCCUAAUCCGAGCUCUCGCGCAAGAGGCGGCAUUUGAUUCAGAACGUGGUUCUACGUUGUUGGUAACGCGCGUCAAUCGAUAUUUAUUCAAUAGUUAAACCAUUCUAAGAUGCAACGGUUAGGUUUGUUUUAUCAAACAAUAGAAGGAUUAAAAACUGUGUUUUGAACACGAAUCUCGGAGCUGUUAGGCCAGAUAAUGGGCAAACUGAUGUGCAGUUAGUAAUGUGCGUAUCUACUAUCGCUAUAAAUAGUUCUAAUUGGGGCACAAAACAAAAACUUUUGGUUCCGUCCUGCUGAUGAAGAAAAAAAAAAUACGAACACUAAUUAGGGUCAAAAUACGACGAACAAAACAUUUGGUUUCAACCAUUUUAAGCCAGACUUGGGUAGUGAACCGAGGUCUAUACCCGAUGGAACGUGUAAUUUUAUCAUGCACUUGAGAAAAAUGUUCAACGAACCAACAUGACGAAAAAAUAGACCAUUUAACCCAAACGAUGUUUUGGACACUGAACCGCGGGUUUUGAAGGACGGAUUGAGUAAAUCGUACCUAAUGUCUUCGCCAAGUUAGUUUAUGAGCAUUUACCUACCUGUCGGAUGAGUGUCGGGUUUAUGAAAAAAAAAGUGAUCGCAAAUCUAGGACCUGUGAAAAUUUUGAAAUUGGUUCAUUCUGAUUUUCGGAUUUCAGAAGGUCCCGAACUUAACUAAAUAUGAUUCUGAGACUUGAGAACUUUGAGUUUUUUGCCUAAUCCUAUGUGCUGGAUAAAAAAUCAUGAUUAUAUCGAUAGGAUUCUGGGUUUUAACAAGUUUUUUUGUUAAUCACGGCAUUGAAAUGAUUUCUUAAUAGAAGAUAUUUAUUUUUCUUUGAAACACGAGUGAAAAAGCGGCCAUAUUAGUAGCCAUCUUUGAAAACAAUCAAUGGAAUUUUCCACCAGAACGUUGUGAAAGCAUGUUUUAUUGCUAAAAGAGAAAUUUUCACGAUACUAUCAGUCUAGAUUAUUUUAAAGAAUAACAUUUUUUUAGAAUUCGUUCAGUUCUUGUUAAUUUCUGACUUUCAGUGUUCAUUCCUUGUUCCUGAUUAAGUUCUUGUUUGUUUCUGAGUAGAAGGUCGAUUCCCUUCAGUUAAGAGUUUUUCGUGUCAGUACGAAUCUGACUGCCAAUCUGGAUUUUUUUCAAUCAUACUAGCAAUUUACCUUCUAAAGGUGUCACCUAUUUAUUUUCCUAGACAUAGAAAACUGUUUUAGAACAGAAAAACAAAACAAAACAAAAACUCAAUUACACUUCUUGAAUACAUCCUGUAAAUUCAACAAUAGCUUCAGCAAGACAAAAUAAUGUCCAUUUUAAUUUGUUAAUUCCCGUUAAACAAAAACAAUAGAUGAUAAACCUAAUAACCAAUUACAUAGUAUUAUCCAAUGACAAUAUCGCACAAAUCAUCAUGCUGUUUACAGUACUCGAUUCCAAAACCAAAAAAAAACAAAUGAUACUUAACAAUCUCGAAUCUACCGCAGUUUGUAAGAAUUCCAAUGACUCCAAUAAACAAAGAUUUUUUUUUUCUAAAUUUUGCCUUUAGAGUUACAGCCAAUUUUUAUCGUCUUACAUUGUUAACGCGUUACGAAAUCCGUAAUAGUGAAAUAAAAAAGAAUUCAGAUGUAGACACAAUUACUUUUCAACAGAAAAAAAAACAAACUUUUACUCAAGUCAUUACCACGUGCAGGUUAACUGAUUUAAAUCCAGUAGGGUUUUGUUUUUUUUUAUAAAAAAAAAAAUCGAAAAGUGCCAUAUCACGCAAGGAAAAAAGAUGAUAAUAAAGCAAAUAACAGUUAAAACAUACAUCUUGCAUUGCAACAGUUUUAGCACUGGUUAGAGGCACCAGGACAAAUUCAAUUGCGAUAGAAGUCGCCGUUACAAAUCAACAAAAUAAGCGAAUCAAAGACACGAACACACACACACAUCCACACUAACACACAUACAAGUAUAAAAUUACGAAACUUUUUUUCUGUAGCGUAACAGUGAGACUUUAACACUUAAAAGAUGCAAACAAACAAUUAUUAUAGGGAAAAAAUAAUCAAACUGAAAACAGUUUUAUAGACGAA